AUGAGCAGCAAGUUGAAGAUAUUAGUUCCCGUCAAACGUGUGCUGGAUCACCAGAUCAAACCCCUUGUGAACGCAGCCCAUGACGGUGUGCAGACUCAAGGUUGUAAAUUUAGUAUUAAUCCAUUCGAUGAUAUUGCCAUUGAAGAAGCAUUAAGGAUCAAGACUCACAGGCCUCAGGAUGUUGAAUCCACUCAUGCGAUUUCCAUCGGUGUGGAUAAAUGCCAGGAUAUUUUGAGAAAUUGUCUGGCUAAAGGGAUCGACGGAGUUUCAUUAGUAGAAACAAAUGAAUCAUUGGAACCAUUAGCCAUUGCAAAAUUAUUAGCUCAUCAUGUUAAACAGCAGAAUUAUAAUGUUGUCCUGAUGGGGAAACAAGCCAUUGAUGAUGAUAGUAACAACACAGGUCAAAUGCUGGCUGCGUUACUUAAAUGGCCGCAAGCGACAAACGCUUGUAAAGUUGAAUUUAAUGAUUCAAUGACUUCUUGUAAAGUGACUCGUGAAAUUGAUGGUGGUGAAGAAACUUUAGAAGCCAAAUUACCUUUAGUGAUCACUACAGAUUUAAGAUUAAAUCAACCUCGUUAUGUUGGUUUAUCUAAAUUAAUGAAAGUGAAAAGGGUUAAAAUCCCUAAAUUAUCUAUCACCAAGGAUUUUCCUCAAGUCGAUACAACAAAUAAACUAAACGUUUUAUCCGUCGAUGAACCACAAACAAAAUCUCCUGGUAUCAUGCUAAAGAAUGUAGAUGAAUUAGUAUCAAAAUUGAAAGAUGCUAAACUUAUUUAA